CACUAUACAAAGUGGAAUUGGCUAUAAAAAGCCAUGUUGAGGGGAGUGAGAGAGAUCAGCCAAGCAACAGCCAGCCAUGGGUGGAGGCAAUGGCCAGAAAUCAAGAAUGGCUCGUGAGAAACACAUGGAGAAAAACAAACCCACAAAGGGUAGUCAGCUGGAAUCAAACAAGAAAGCCAUGACCAUCCAGUGCAAGGUUUGCAUGCAGACAUUCAUAUGCACCACAUCAGAGGUGAAGUGCAAGGAACAUGCUGAAGCAAAGCACCCAAAGUCUGAUAUCUUUGCUUGCUUCCCUCACCUUAAGAAAUGAAAUCAAGUUUGUGUAUUUGUGUGAUUAAAUUUGAAGUUUGUGUUAAAAGUUGUUGCCAAGGUAUUGGAUUCCCACACAAUUCAUACUUGUUUUGUGCUAUUAUAUAUGGUAUACUUGUUAUAUAA